GCUUUUUAAGAGUAACGAGAUACUAUAUGAUACUAUAAUAUGACGUGAAUCACACACAGGCAGGAUACCGUAUUAGUACACCGUGUGACGUCAUGACGUGGAGAACAUCAUCCUUACCACGCACGUCACGCACCGCUUCAUCCGACCUUCGUCCGAAUACCAAAAGCUAGCUUUCCUUUCGCAUUCCGCAACCUUGUAGCUUUUUUUUUUAUAUAUAUAUAAUAAUAAUAAAAAUAUAUCUUCGAUAUUUGCAACCCUAUUUGUUAUAAUGUUAUUGUAUAAUGUAAAAAUAAUCGAGACUAGAAUUAUUUUCUCUUGAAUUUAUAUUCGAACGUGUUUUAACCCCUAUGGCUUCUCUUAUCUUGUCACAUUUCUAAUCUUUUUUCAAUUGGUAUAAAGAUAUGGGAGUCAUUAGGACGUCGGCCCUGAGGCGGCAGAUCUCUGCCCACGCGACGGGUCUACGUGCUCUGCUAAAAAUAUCGAAAGCGCACUGAUCAAGUAUCGAGAAUGAUUUCAUAAACAACAAUCAAGAUGGUAGUGGGCGAAGCUAGUAUACACAAUAUUAUGGGAGGUAUGGAGAGUACAGGUGGAGUGCGUCUUCAUAAUCACAAGAGGAAAUUAAAACAAAGGUUUGACAUUAUCAAAAAACUGGGCCAAGGAACUUACGGCAAAGUACAAUUAGGAAUAAAUAAGGAAACAGGCCAAGAGGUAGCGAUAAAGACAAUAAAAAAAUGUAAAAUAGAGACAGAGGCUGAUUUGAUUCGAAUAAGAAGAGAAAUACAAAUCAUGUCAAGUGUGCAACAUCCUAAUAUCAUUCACAUUUAUGAAGUUUUCGAAAACAGAGAGAAGAUGGUAUUGGUUAUGGAAUAUGCUGCUGGUGGUGAACUAUAUGAUUAUUUGAGCGAACGUAAAGUUUUGUCAGAACAAGAAGCACGAAGAAUAUUUCGUCAAAUAGCAACUGCAGUUUUUUACUGCCAUAAACAUAAAAUAUGCCAUAGAGAUCUUAAACUAGAAAAUAUACUCUUAGAUCAAAUCGGAAAUGCCAAAAUAGCUGAUUUUGGUUUGUCUAAUGUAUUCGACGAACAAAGAUUAUUGAGCACAUUUUGCGGUAGUCCAUUGUAUGCAAGUCCUGAAAUUGUUAAAGGUACGCCUUAUCAUGGACCUGAAGUAGAUUGUUGGAGUUUAGGAGUUCUUUUAUAUACAUUGGUUUAUGGUGCCAUGCCCUUCGAUGGGUCCAAUUUUAAGCGACUAGUCAAACAGAUCUCCCAGUCUGAUUAUUUUGAACCCAAGAAGCCAUCUCCUGCUUCCCCUUUAAUUAGGGAUAUGCUCACAGCUUGUCCUGCUAGACGGGCAGAUAUAGAAAAGAUUUGUAGCCAUUGGUGGGUAAAUGAAGGUUACGAACAAAAUUGUCUCGACAUUGCAGAAGAUCUUGCUGCGCAAACUCCUGUGCGACUCGAUUUGUUACUCUCCUUGGUACCACAAUCGGCUAGUGCUGAGAAAUUACUUGUAGGUGAUCAACAAACGAGCGGAGAUGUGGCAAAUAAUAUGUCUUCCGAGACCCUAGUACCUACGAGAUGUCACUCCGUUGGUAGUCUAAUGGAAUUUGAUCAGAAUAAUUCAGAUAGACGUAUAAGAGAAUUACUCGAGGAUGAAAAUCAAGGAGGAGAAGGAGAAGGAGCAGCAGCAGCAGCAGCAGCAGCUACGGAUGCGAAAAGAAAAUUAGAAACAACGCCGUCGAUGGACGAGACGAUCGCGGCUACUGUUAAAAAGAAAGAAAGGUCUAGAAGAAAAGAAAGAUCAGACGAAAGAGAGCCUAGGAUGUAUAGAUCAACGUCCAGGCAUCAUUCAGCACCAAUUCCAAAUUCCAUAAUGGAAGAAACAAUGGAAGUAGAGCCUACAGCGACUGUAACUGUUCCUACAAGUAAGACUGUUGAUUUAAAUAAAUUAAAUGAGGCAGCUUGUUUAGAAUUAAUAGAAGAAUCUAAAGAAAAAUCACCUAGCAAAGAAAGAAGUAAGACGCCUGUACCUAUGGAACACGAACAAUUACCCAAAGAUAUGUCUGCUAAGAAUAUUGAAAGAUAUUGCGAUACUAGUCAAAAUGAAAACAUGGAAAGUAUGUUACAAGAUAAAUACUUGAAGGAAUCUGAAGAAAAAGCAAGUAAUCUUCAACAAACUAUAGCUUCUGUAGAAAGGAAUAAAAGUACACAUGCAUUACCAAAUAAAAUAUCGUCGAGUAAUAAGAAAUUAAUAAAUGAUACUUCCAAUAUAAAUGUGCCAAAUAAAGAUAAUUUAAGUAGUAACAAAUUGGAAAUGAAUGACUCUCAUCAAUCAGUUUCGGAUGAUACGAAACAAAUCAAAUCUAUGGAUAAAGAAAUAAAGAAAUUAAAAGAAAAAGCGUUGUCUCUUGAUUUUGAACUUGGCAACGAAGUUGUUGAAGAUGUACUUGCGAAACCAGUUGAAAGACGGCGAUCGAGAAUUUUUGAAACUGCUGAAAAGUUUAAUCAAAUGUCAUCUUCAUUAGAAAAUGAUAAACCCAAAAAGAUUUUCAUUCCUGGUGUUAAUGUUGGUGGUGCCAAGCGUGCCUUUGAACGCAAAGCAAGUCUUACGUCUGGUACCACCAUUACACCAGUUAAACAUAAUGCUUCUAAAGUUAUUAUCGAUGUAGAGAAAAAAUCCGACAAAAUAGAAGAUAAAUCUUCUAAACUUAAUCAGGCUACUAGUAUAGAUACAGAGGAAAAAUCGAUUAAACUAAGAGAUGAAGCUAAGAAACGAGCAGUAGACAUAAUAUCUGGUGCAAUUGGUAAACCGCCUGUGCUUAGAAAAGUUAAUGGUUCUCCACCAACAUCACCUCAAAAUCAAGAAUCUAAGAAGAUAGGAUUGAAGAUACCGGUUGGUUCUUCGAACGAUGUUAGAUCUGCUACUACGGUAUCGGCGGCAUCCGCUCCUUCAACUGAAAAUACAUUUUCAUUUGACAAUAAUUCCAUAUCGUCGUCCGAUAUUACAACACCACCUAGUACAUGUGAAUUAUCCGAUAAGAAUAAUUCACAAGUAACAGCAGAAGAGCCAAAGUUGUCUAGUAAAAUGGAAAUAACACUUAAAAGUGCCACUUUACCACGACCACGUAAAACAAGUAAAGCGGAAAUUACAUUAUCAGGGCAUAAGAUUUCAGAUGCAGUUGCUUUUAAAUCAGAAGUAGAAGCUAAAGUCGAUGCUUUCCCUACACAAAAGUUAAGAACGCAAAAAUCUGAAAUAGCAUUUCCUGUGGCGGCUGCUGCAGUGGUUCCACAAGCAAAUAGAAGUUCUAGUCUAGAACCAGAAAUAAAACCAAAAGUUCAACCACGCGAAAGGAUCAUUCCUAUCCAGGUUGAACCAGACCAUCAACAUGCACCACAACAAUCAUCAUCUACCCCUCCUAAACCUCCGAUGCCACAAAGAUCAAUGUCCCAGCGAUCAGGAUCUUUAUCUCGUCAAUCAACGGCAGACUCUGAUACUGACAGUGCUCUUGGUUCAACGAUAGGACCAGAACCAAUAAGGAAGAGCCCAAGGGAAUAUAUAAUUCCUAUUGCUGUAGAGGGUGGUGGUUAUGUUACACCUAGAUCUGGAAGCGUAGAACCAGAAAGUAAGACUAGCACACCAACUGGUAGUACAAAUGCAGCACCAAGAUCAUCCAGAUUUAAUAGACCGAGAAGAAUGAGUUCUCUUUUAUCUGAUGCUAGUGAAGAUGAAUCGCCAUUUUCUACUUUACAUAGAGAUAGCGAAGAUCUUUUACAAAGGCAUAUGCACAGAUUAAGAAGUUCUCGGCCAUCUAGACAACCAUCCGAACAUGGCGAUAGUUUAUCUUCCGGCGAAGAUGACGACGACGAUGGUUUCGAACUAUUAACAGCUGAAAAUUUGUUUUCUACGUUAUUAUCUAGAGUACGAAGCUUAACACAGAGACUUAACGUUGAUGAUACCAGAGGAAAUAGUUUUCCAAGUAGCCGAUUAUUGGGACGACUUGGUGUUAAUUCGCCACAAAAUUUUUGGAGUCAUAAUAAACCCCUAUCAAGCCACGAGAGUUACUUUGAAACAAGGACCGUGACAACGCGACUUUCGGAAUCGCAGUUCAAACAUUCUCUGAGUAGUCGUGACACCGAUAUAUUUGGUAGAAAGGAUUCUACCAGUUCAUUAAAUCCUAGCUCUCCUAAUAGUCCAAGCUCUCACAAUGCACCUUCUUCAAGGGAGAGUGUUUUCGAAAUAGGAAGCAAUACAUUACCACGAGAUAAAGUAGAACAUGAAGACAUAGAAGCGGAGGCGGUACAAAUCAGAAAAGAGGCUCAAGAAUCCUUAGAACAGAAUUUUACUCCUAGUUUGGCAAGAAGAUUAAGCAGACAAUUUAUAGAACAAACUAGACAAUCAUUACCACCGAGAUCGCCAUCAAUAUCAUGUGAGAAAUAUUAUCAAUCUCCUACUAGGGAAAAUGUAAGUUUAAUAGAUACACAGGAUGGUAUUAAAAGGCAUUCUAGUUCAACAACAUCAUCAGAUCAAACGGAAUAUAGAAGUAGAUCGGCAGAUAGAAAUAUUCGAAGAACCAAUAGUUUGUUGGAAGCCGGAAAUAAAGCGGAUAAACCAGAUUACAGAUUUUCUAGAAGAAGUAUCAGUCUAUUUGAUGACGACGAUCAUUUCUUAUCACUUCCAAGACAAGUUAUGACUCUUGGGAGAAAAUAUAAAGAAAGUGGAGGAAAAUUGAAUUCUGGGAAUACUUGGAGAGAUACUUUUAACGUUCAUAGAACUGAUAAAAUACAAGAAGAGUCUCUAGAAGAUACAUCACAAUUUUCUAAAGAAAUUGUUAAAAACAGUACGGAUAAUAAUAACGUAGACAUCAUUGGUUCAACAAUGUCCUCCGAAUGUACCUCAAUAUCAAUAUGUAAUUCAAAUACUAAUUUAGUUGAUACUACAUCUAGCAUAUCUAAUACAUCACCUGUUGAUUCCUCAUCAAACAUAUUAAUAAUUGAUUGUGCUAAAUCACCGCAGCAGAACAACAGAAUGGAGUCAUCGAAAAAUUUUGAAAAUAGAUUAUUGGCAGCGGAAAAUUUAAUAAAGGAAUCUAAAUUGAAAAAUUUAGGACCUAUGAAAUUUGAUCCAAAUUUAAAUAGUAAUUACAAAGAAACAGACAAAUGCGACAAAGAAUCUUUAAGUUCAAUAUCAGAUGCACCUAAUGUAAACAACGUAUGUAAACGACGUAGUUGCAUUCCAAGUUUAAGAUUACGAUCUGGUUCUUUAACAAGAGAACCUUGUAUAGAUAGUGAUAGGAGAAAAUCAUUUGCCGGAUCGCAAAGCGCUCUUUCUAACAUGACAAGACCUAUGUCGCCAGAAAAAUCUAUUUUAAGUAAAUUCUUUCGAGCUGCUGGUGGUAGUAAUAAAGAAAAUGAUUCCAAGGACAAAUGUGAAAAACCAAAGCAACAUCGAAUUUCACGAUUCUUACGACCAGACUUUUUCGAUACUCCAAGAGAAGAAAGUCGCUACGUUAAAGAAAAAGAAGCUCAAAAAGCUGCAGAAAACGAACGAAGAAAAUCUAGAUUUAUGAAAAAGAAAAAUGACAAUAAAAGUACUACUCACGAGUCUAAAUCAGAAAUAAAGCCAGACAAGGAAUUGAAGAAUGAAAUGAAUUCACUUAAAAAAGAUAAGUCUAAGUCUGAUAAUUUGUCGGACGAUAAAUCUAACAAAGAGGAUAAUUCUAAUGUUAAAUUUGAAAGACAACAAUCGUCGAGAAGUAGUAGUUUUCUACAUUCUUUGGAAAAAAAAUUGGAAAAGUUUCGUGUAACAGAUGAUACAUCUAAAUCUUCUAAUGCUGGUGGCAUUAUGAUUGAUCAAAAAGUAAGAGCUUUGAGAGAAAACUCAGCACCACCAUCAGAUUCUUUAUUCACGGAAUCAAAUUUAAUUAAAAGAGCAAUUAGCGUUGAGGAUUUGCCAUUGGCGAAAGAACAUUCUCUUAAUGGUAAUAGGAAAAGUAAAGUAUCGUCUGUCUUAGGAUUGUUUAAAAGUUCUGCUGAUGUCAAACAACAUUCAAACGCGACCAAAUCACAAAGUACUUUAAUGAGUAAGUUAAAGAAAAGCCCUCCCAAAGUUAUCAAAGCAGAUACUACUUUGGCAAACGAAGAUUUGACAUCAUCGACAAGUAAAAUUCCAAUGAAAAUGAUUAAAAAUGAUUCUAGAUCAAUUAAAAAGCCUAUUAUAGAAAGUAAAAAGACUUUGGACAAUACUACUGUAACGGAAUCCAAAAAGCCGCUGUACAAAGACAAAGACAAAGUAAAAGAAAGAGAUACGAAUAUGAAAGACAAAAAGUUGUCUAACGAAAAACAAUCAAAAACAAAUGUAGAAGAUGAGUCGCAAGUAAUAAAUAAAUCAUCAUCUUCAAUGGAAAUUUCAACGAUUGACAAAGAAUUAAUAGCAGUUAAGAAAACAAAUUCUUGCAAGAAAGAAGAUGCUGAAGUUACUACUAAAGCUAUUUCUAAUACUUUAGAAAGUCGUAAUAAAAUAAUGGACAAUGUUUCUUUAGAAGAAGGAAAUAGUAGCAGUAAACAAGAAAAUAAGAUAAUUAAAACGAAAAAGAGCAUAGGAUCUGUAAAAAAGAUCAAUACUACUAGUAGUAGUGCACUACCCACGAAAUCCGAGAAAGAAGAAAAUGGUGAUAAAAAAAAGGGAUCGAAAAUUAGUAAGUUAAAGGAGUCCCCCUCUCAAAAAGAAGAGACUGCUGAAGGUACUAAGAAGAAGAAAAUUGUACGUGUCGUUAAAAAGGUUGUGAAAAAAUCGUUAGAAAAUUCUGAUGCUAAAUCGGAAGAAAAAAGAAAAAUGACAAAAGCAGCAAUCGGAAAGGGGGGUAAUGUUUCACCUAAGAAAGAAAAGAGUCCUGAAGUUCCUGUCUUUAAUGUUGAUCAUUCGAACGAGCGUAAUUCUGAUUUACUUCAUUUAUCCAAAAUUACGACUAACGAUUGUUCAACUCAAGAAACAUAUACAAAGUUGAAAGCGAAUCUCUCUACCGUUGAUUCUAUAUCAAAUAAGUCAGAAUUGGCAGGUGGAAAUAAUUCAAGUCAAAAUGUUGAUAAUAUUCAAACAAAUACUACGGAUUCUGAUACUAGUCAAAUAAAAUAUACUGAGUCGCGAUUAAACAGAGGAAAUUUAAAGCUUGAUUUAUCUAAAAUACCUCAACAUGCAUUUAGAAAUGCUACUACCAAUGCCAAUACCUCUAAAAAGGAAUCCCCAAAAUCAGAAUUAAUGAAAGUAAAUGCUAACGCGUCAUCUCGAUCUUUGAAAAUAAACGAAAGUAGUACUGCUGCCGAUAUUUCGUCAGAAAAGUUUAUAGAUUCUUUAUCAAAAAUGACACAUCAUGCAACUAUCACUGGUAACAAAAUAAUUAUUGAUAAGCCACUGAGAGCUAAGGAUGUUGAUGAAUUGAAAAAAGAGGUAAAUGAAUGUACAAGACUUAUCGAAAAUCAGAUAGACUUGCAUAAUGAUGUAACGCAAUCGCAAUCGCAAUCGCAAUCGCAAUCGCAGUCGCAGUCGCAAUCUAACGAAGAUAUUGUCGAAGAAAAAGAAGACGAAAUUAAUGCAAAAUACCCUGCUUCAAAUAUGAUUGAAGAAACCAUAUCUGUAGAUAAAAUAAAUGAUGAAAUAGAUAAAAAGGAUAGUUUGAAAGAUACAAUGCAAUCUACUAAUGUGGAUAAUACAUAUGCAGAUGAAAUAACUUCACCCAUCGAUGAACCAGAUAGUUUUGAUUCAUGGUCUAUAUGCUCGGCUGAUUUGAAUCACACGAGAGUCGAUUUAAGUUCACCAACUUCACCAUCGUAUUCUCUUUUUUCGCGUGGAGAUCAAGGAGAAUCUGUAAUAGAUAGAAUACGAAGGAGAAGUUUUUAUUUAAGAUUUAAUGAUAGAAGAAGGCCUUCUUUAACGGUACCACCACCAGGAGUAACUUUACCAAGGAAAUAUAGUUUUAGUAGUUCAAGAGAUAAAGGAGAUCAUCGUAGUAAAUUGAAUAGUUAUCCUUCAUCUAAUAAGAAAUUCAUGCAAAGAAGUUAUAGUUUACACAACGACGAUAUCAAUUCAUUUAGAAAAUCACCUAUUGAUAAAGAAAAAUACACAGAUUUAGUAUCGUAUAAUAAUACAGAAGUUAAGACACCUAUUGAUCAUUAUAGUAGUAAUUAUUCACAUUCAACGUACGAUCCAUUACGAAAAUAUUUAACAUCUCCAACAUUAGAAUUAUCUACAGCACAUAAAAGGUACCACCACCACCACCACCACAGUACAGAUUUUAGUACGGACGAUGAGUUAGAAACAUAUAGAAAUUCUUCUUUGAAUUCUAUAUUAAAUAACAAUCCGGUUGAAUUUUAUGCAAGUAGAAAUUCUAGUAUGCUACCGAGAAAGUAUGGAUCUACUAUUACCGCAUCGGAACCAAAGACAGUAGAAUAUUAUGAAGAAUUGUUGUCUCCAAGUAAUCCAGAAUAUCUAACUGCACGAAAAUCUCCAAUGUCUAAUGAUUAUCUAAACAGAUGCGAAAAUGGAUAUCACAAUACUCAUUCGGUUAAGCCUAAUAAGACGUCGUCGUCGUCGUUGUUGUUGUUGUCGUCGUCGACGUCGUCAUCGUCGUCGUCGUCGUGUAUAGCUAAAACAAGAACUGAAUUCACAGAAGAUAUUAAUAAAGAACUUGAAGAACAAGGAAGAAUAACAAAUCGAUGUAAUAGCGAGUCUAAAGAUUUGCCUUCAACUUCUUCAUCAGAUUUUUAAUAAAAAUCAAUAAAGAGGAUUUUAUUAAAUAUAAGCAACAAUAAUAAGAGAGAUGUGUGCACUCUUUUAUAUUAUAUACAUAUUUUAAUCCAGUUAAAAAGUAUAUAGUACUCAAGUGCUAUUACACUAUUCUGUCAUUGCCUAUUUCUCUCAUAGAUUUUUCAACAGCAUCACCAACAAUGUUAAGUUUUAUUUCAAUAGAUUACAAUAUUAUUACUAUUAUUUCAAUCACGAAUAUUCUACCAAAAUAAAUAUCUUUAAAAUAUUUAAAACCUGAUGAAAGCGAUCAUUUUAAUGUUAUACUAUUUUUAUAUAUAACAAAUACAUGUUAAGUAUCUAUACUCGUAUAUUUCAAGCUUCUUUGUAUGAUAAGAGUUUUGUUGCAGACACAAUAUACUACCUAUAAUAUAUGGAGAAAUAAGAAGAAAGUUCAAACUAAAUGAAAUUGUCGCAUGUGUUAUU